AUGCCCAGCGCGGCCGCCGAGGGCUGCCGGGGAGGUGCCGCGAGGGGCGGCGCCGCUCCCCGCAGAGAGAGCGCGAGGGAGGCCGGAGGGGAAAACACCGCACGGCCCCCGGGGGCCGGCGCCUGGGACUGGCGGGGGCGGGGGCCUGCUGGGGGCGGGGCCCGCCUUGGGGGCGGGGCCAGGCUCGGGGGCGGGGCUUGGGGCAGCCACGCCCCCCGGGAGCCCCGCAGCCGCCGCGGCGCCGCAGGACCCGGGCGGAGUUCAGUCGUUCAGCAAAGGAGACGGCCUCGGGGGCCUGGGCGCCGGGAGCUCGGCACUGCGCCCUCCCCUGAAAAAAAAAACAACGACCAUUGCCCCGUGCGGGGGAGGGGGGGCAUUCCGGAGACAGACGCUAAGCAAACACAGAAGGCGCACAAGACCGAAAGAACUGUCCCGCUGAGCCUUAAAUCGGGGCGGUGGGCUGCAGUGAGCGCGCGGCUGUCCCGACGGCCGAGCGGCGCCCCGAGGCCGCACCUGGAGGCGGGGCGGGCGCCCGCGGGCCAAGGUCGCUGCCCAGACUUCGAGGCUUCGCUUUCCCCGCGGAGACGGGCUCCGGGUCGCUCGCUUCGCCGAGGAGGCCCGAGGGAGCAGUCCAGCUUUAGGACCUCCGGUGGAUACCAAUCACAGGGACCAGAAACGCGAAACUCCUGGUCCAGCUCUGGAACCUCACGUCCACGUGCUAUAACGACGCUUGGGCCGCAGAGGCCUCCCCGCGGUCCCUGGAAGUCCGCACGCUCUACCCAGCCCUGGCCACAGUCCUCGUGCACGGUCCUUGCCCACGGAGGAGUCCUUGGCCUGCAAUCUGCCUCUCAAGAAUGCAAGCUCCAUGAAGGCAGGGUCAUUACCUUUUUAAGGGCUGUAUCCCAACCCAAGAGACCUGUCAGGUGGAUUCCUUGCAGAAGCAUGAACCUGAAAUGACAUAUUGAAAGAAAGAAAGAAAUAUGGCAUAAUUCAACAGAGGUGAGGCUAAUUGCUGCCCCUGUGGACUUCUGGUGAUCCCAUGAAGAAGGAGGCCCAACUCUUGAGUCUUGAUGACUUCUCCUUCCAUUCCUAGCUCAAUUAAUCUGAAGAAAUAAAGACCAUUUGACUUGUCAUGCACCUGACAUUGACAGCCCAUAUUGCUCUAAAAGGUAAUUCCAUCCCACUGUUGUCUGAGCACCGAUGGAAUACACAAUCUCCAAAACAUCUGAUGGAAUGCUGUAGUAUGAAGAACAAAGUGAAGAAAAA